UCUCCUCCCUCCUCCAGACCCCCCUCGCCGCCCUCUCACACAAAAGCAGGGAAUUAGCUGAUUUAGAGGAGCGCAGGCUUCGCCAGCUGCGGCGGAAAAUCAUAAUAAAAUACCUCGGAAGGGAGGGGAAGCGGCGGCGGCCAUGGAGGAACACAAAUAAACGCCCUCCAUCCAUCCAUCCUUUGCCAAGGAAAGCGCAAAGCAGCGGCUGCUGCGGGAAAUCCGGCCUGGAUGAAUCCGCACGCUCCUCCAGCCGCAUCCCGAGCCAGGGGCUGCACCUGCUGAGCCGGAGCCAUCGGCAGGAGGAAUGCCGGGCUGCGAGAGGGGCAGCAGCGCCUUUGUUCCCCGCUGAGCACCGGCAGCGCCUGAGCCCUUCCUGCUGGGAUCUGCUGGCUCCAGCCCUCCCUGGGAGCCAUGGGAACCACGGAGGCCACGCUGCGGAUGGAGAACGUGGAUGUGAAGGAGGAAUGGCAAGACGAGGACUUCCCCAGGCCUCUCCCAGAAGAGACGGGGAUGGAGUCACUGGGAAGCCCCACGGAAGACGAGACCACGUCCUCUCCUCCCAACACUCUGAACUUUAACGGGGCCCAUCGGAAGCGGAAGACACUUGUUGCACCUGAAAUCAACAUUUCCCUGGACCAGAGCGAGGGCUCCAUCCUCUCUGACGAUUUCCUGGACACACCAGAUGACCUGGACAUCAAUGUGGAUGAUAUCGAAACUCCUGAUGAGACAGAUUCCCUCGAAUUCCUGGGCAAUGGGAACGAACUGGAAUGGGAAGAUGACACCCCCGUGGCCACGGCCAAGAACAUGCCCGGGGACAGCGCAGACCUGUUUGGGGACGGGGGGACAGAGGAUGGCAGUGCCACCAACGGCCGGCUCUGGAGAACCGUCAUCAUCGGCGAGCAGGAGCACAGGAUCGACCUCCAGAUGAUCAAACCCUACAUGAGAGUGGUGACGCACGGAGGAUACUACGGGGAAGGUCUCAACGCCAUCAUCGUCUUUGCCGCCUGCUACCUCCCGGACAGCAACCUGGCAGAUUAUCACUACAUCAUGGAAAACCUCUUCCUGUACGUGAUCAGCAGCCUGGAGCUGCUGGUGGCCGAGGACUACAUGAUCGUGUACCUGAACGGGGCCACGCCCCGCAGGAGGAUGCCAGGCCUGGGCUGGCUGAAGAAAUGCUACCAGAUGAUUGACAGAAGGCUGCGGAAGAACCUCAAGGCCCUGAUCAUCGUGCACCCGUCGUGGUUCAUCCGGACCGUGCUGGCCAUCUCCAGACCCUUCAUCAGUGUGAAGUUUAUCAAUAAGAUCCAGUAUGUCCACAGCCUGGAGGAACUGGAGCAGCUCAUCCCCAUGGAGCACGUACAGAUCCCGGACUGUGUCCUCCAGUAUGAAGAAGAGAGGAUCAAGGCCAGAAAAGAAAGGGCAGAGGAGAAGCAAGACAUGGCUGAGAGGGAAAGCAGGCCCGUGCCCCCAGCAGAGGAUCAGGAAACCAGCAUGUCCUGAGUGGAAGCAGCACCGAGGAAUGGAGCAGGAGAAGGAGCAGCCUGGCAGUCACCCACCUCAACGACCUUUGGGGACAAGACCUUGCCACCACCUUCUUCCAAGCCCUGUAAAUCCUGGAGCCUGCCUCCUCUGCCUCCAAGAUGCAAAGUCCUUUAACCUUUUGGGAAUCACUAUCCUUUAGGAAAAAAAAAAAGAACAAAAACCAAAUGAACCCCCCCAGAUAACGAAGCAAAAACAGCACUUUUCAGGACAGGUUCUGGCGUGUUUCAGGAAUGGUCUGUGGAGAGCACUGGCACAGUGAAAAUACUCGCUGUGUAUCCUUGUAGUAAGUCAAGAGCAUCCUCCAGUCCAUGAAUCCCCAGCCCAGAAAGAGAAUUUAUUUUUGGUUUAAAUUAUAAACCCUUUCCCUGCACUCGCUGCUGGCCAGCGCGGAGCCCUUUUGCGUUUUCCAGGACAUCCCAAAAGCUGCCACCCCCGGGAAUAACGACCACGGGCAAUGGAAAGAGCUUUUCCCUCAUUUUCACAGCCAGAAUUCCUGAAGAUCCCGAGUGCCCACGGCCUCGGCAGCACUGCCAGCUUCCAUCAUCGCCGCUUCCUCCGUAACUCAUUCCCGUGAGGAAAUCCCAUGGCUUUUUCAUGGUUUUUUUUCCUGGUUUGUCCCAUCCCGGUGCGUGAGGCUCUGGAGGGAUCCCACAUGGAUCAUUUGGAAUGGAAAAUUCCACAGAACCCUCUCCUGGACGCACACACGCCAAAGGGUCUGGCUUUAGAAGGAGCCUUAUGGAAGUUUUCCGUGUCUGGACGUCGCGCCACUGGACAAUCACUCGCUGCUGGUGCCUCCUACGAGCUGCUGAAACCUUGGAAGUUUCCCUCAGGAGAGCCUCAUCCAUCGGCAUUCCUGCCUGGGAAAUGCCCAUGGAGAGCACAGGACACAGGGCCAGCUUCUGGAGCCGGGAAGUGCAGGUGCGACAUCGGCUCUCGGAAUUCGGAUUUUGGACUCGUGAGGAUUCUGUGAGCGAAGGAGAGGGGGAAAGAAAUUAAGGAACAACGGUCUGGCCAAAAUCCUUUGGAAACUCCUGAUUCCAGAGCCAGCUUGCAUGGCUCGGGCUGGAUCCCUGGCAGUGCCCAAGGGAUGGUGGAAGGGGUCCCUGCCCAGGGUGGGACUGGGUGGGAUUGAAGUUCCAGAUCAUUCCAGGAUUCCCUGAUUCCAUGGUCGGGUAAAGCCCCUCUCAAACACCCGCAGAUGAAGAAUUCCCUGCCCAUCUCAUCACUUCAAGGAGAAUUCUGGCACAGCAGGAUUUUUCCUGAAGGCAGGGGUGGCUCCUCUGGACACACAAAGCUGCUUUUCUCUUCCUUUCAGUGAACAAAAUCACUCUGGAUGAGAUCCUUCUUUCCCUGGGUGCUCCAAGGAAGCACCAAAAGUUCCUUUAAACCUUAAUUCUCAUUUGAGAUGUUCUCCUCAGCCGUGGAUGGAUCUCCUGCCCACACCUUGGCAUGGAAAGCAGAGCACCAACCCAGAGGCUGAAGAUGGAAAAAAAAAUUCCACAUUCCAUCUGAAAAAAAAGCACUAAAAAAGUUCAUUGUAAUGCAAAUACUGACAAAAUAUUCCAAGUUUAUGGAUUUAGAGAAGAAUCAUCAGCUUUCCACUGAGAGCGUGGCCCACGCUGGGCACUGCAAGGGAAGUUUGCAAUUAUACAACAAAUAAAGUGGAUAAAACGUUGAAUGCUGGGUUCAAAAUCCAACUCAAGAAAGCUUUUGUGCAUCAAAAAACGUUCAAAAAUACUGCUGUAUCCAUGGAAAACAUGGAUGUGGGAGAUAAGGAAUCCAAAUCUCCUUUCACGUGGGGGCUCUGCAUCCUCAGCAGUCUCCACACCAGAAUGUGCUUUUUGGUUAAUUCCUCCCCUAAAACACUUUGUCUGCACUUUCAGAUAAAAGAUAUACAGAUUAAGCAGAUCUGACAACGAAAAUUCACAUUUUUCCAAGUAAUUCCUUCAGAGCAAGGGAAUUUCAGCUGGAAAAAGGACAGAUCCCAAUUUCCCUUCACGAGACAGAGGCAGGCAGUGGUUUCCAUACAAAAGUCAAUUUUUAACCUCUUGGAAUUGAUUUUUUUUUUGUUUGUUUCAAAAAGUGCACUUUGUGAUGGAGCACUCCAAGUGGUGUGCACUGGAUUUUAAUUAUUCACAGAGUUUUAUGAGCGUGGAAGUUUUAUGUUCCUGGAUGGAUGGAUGGAUGGAUACAUGGAAAAUGUUUUUAUGUCUUUUCAACACAGAGAAGAACCUGCAGCCCCACCAAGGAGAAAUCAGAAAUGCCAAAAGCGCAUUUUAUAGCAGCAAAAUAAAAGAAAAAAUUAAUUAUCAUUAAGUUUUUUUCAACCAGUGAUUUUAGGCGUUGAUUGCAAAACAAAAAGCUACUUGGACAGAAACAGAAAUAAAAAAACCAUCCCUGUCCCAAAGGUGGAGCGACAAAUCUCAGCUGGAUGGGGAGAAAUCUGCACUGCUGCUGGUAAAAGUGCAUUUCCAGUGGAACUUUGACCAGUCUAUAAAUAUAUAAAUAUGUUUAAAGAAUAAAAUGAAAUAAAACUUCAUCCCUUUAGCAAUACCGCUGGACUGCUCGGUGUCCCAGACGUGAGCAGGCCCCGUUCCCGCCGCACAUCCCUGCAGGAUCAAGAUUUUCAUUCGUCAGUUCCCUGGGUUGUAUUCGGCAGUUUCUGGUCUGAUUUGACUUUUCCUGAGAUUUUUCUUCCUGGUGAAUCCACAGGAAGUCACAUUUUAGCUGCAGAAAAGGUUUUUAUUCCCACAUUCACCGAAAUCCUGGUGUUUUUACUCGUUGUGUGUUUAAUGGCCGGGCCUCAAUUCACUCCACAUCAGCCUGAAAAAUCCAAUCUCUUCCUGUACAGUUGAUUCCAGAACAGGAAUUCCCUUCCUCUCUCUUUGAGGAUUUAUCCCAGGCCCUCCUCAGCUCCAGACAGCUCCAACUUUUCAGGUUUUUCACAGAGAAUCUCCCAGAUUUGGGACAGUCCAGUCAUUUUUAUUGUGGUUCACGAGGAGUCAAGCCUGGGAUGCUGCCGGAGGUUCCACUGGAAUAAUUCAUCUCAUUUUUUUCUGUCCAGUGCUGUGAAAAUGUGAGUGGAUAUUCAGAGCUUCCCUCAUGGUAAUUUUUCAAUCUCUUUUUCCCCCCCAAAAAAAACGUGCAGGAAAGGUUUUAAAGGCAACCAAUCCUCUUUUUUAGAGGAUUUCAAAAAACCCAGGAGUCGAGGAAAGGCUGGUGGUGAUGAGCUGGGAUUGGCCUGGAGCAGGAGAAAGGAGCAAAAAACUGGCUCCAAACACAAAAAGCACAUUUUUCUCUUUUCUAUCUCCUUCUUUCCUUCCGUCCUGGCAGCCAGAAAUGCAGCAGGUUUUGGUGGAGUCCAGAACUCCCCACCACAAUAAACCACAAUCCCAGGGGUCUUUUUUUUUUUCUUGUUCCUUUCCAGCCCAACCCCACCUGUACAAACGUGUGAAAUGUCAUUUUUUUUCUGCAGUGGUUGUAAUUAGGUGGUUUGUGCUAGCGGACUGUUCAUCUGUAUCCUGAGUUUUGCUUUGUAUUAUUCCAUAAAAUCUGUGGAUAUUCAAUUAAAAUGAGACUAAUCCUUCAGCCAA